AAAAGUGGGUCCAAGCCGCUUGUGCAGAGAUGUUGGGAUCUCUUCGGGCUGUGCGUUCCAGCCUGCCACGGGCCCGCCUCUUCUCUGGAGGUAUACCCGCAGCACGUGCGCUACGCCCACCAGGAACCAUCACGGAAACGGCGGGCGCAAGUGGGCGACUGGUCGGCUUUGGAAAGCAUUCGGCUCUGAGCUAUGAGGAUCUCGUGAAAGUGGAGCCUUCGUACUGCAGCUGGGUGAAGACGAAAUAUGCAAAAGACCUGGAAGCUGGGGAAACCAUGAACCCCAACUUCCGAGCCCUGGGAGAACAUCUUCAAGGCGUCAAACUUCCCGCCUCUGCUGACAAAGGCAGACCCAGGUAUGGUGGCAGUUGGUCCAAGGGCGCUCCUGCGUCAAGCAAGUCGCCCGUGGGCACCGGUGAAAAUUUAAGGCCUCAAGGGGCCCAAGGGGCUUCUGCCAACGAACAGGGGCAGUUGGUGGAUGGAAAAUGGCUGGUGGCCUUCGGCAAGCACAAAGGCUUGAGUUUUGCUGAGGUUCUCUCCAAGGACCCCUCCUAUUGCGAGUACAUGGUCAACCAGGUCCUUACCAGCGAUGACAAGGUGAACUCCUCAUGCGCCGCCUUUGCAGCCUAUGUCCUCUACAGCACUUUGAAAGAGGCAGAGAAAAAACACGCCUAAGACAGAGAUGCCGACGAUCCCGAGCUGAGCAGCUUGGAUGGGGAACCACCGACAGGGCGCUAACAGGAUCCCCCUGGUCUUUUGGUGCAAGCCGCGGGGUGCAGCGGUUGCCUUCGAAGUUUCAAAAGGUCCUGCCAUUCUUCAGCCUCGGAGCAGCUUGAGCAGACCUGGUAGCAGAUGAUCAGGAUACACAUUGUUUUAUUGAAUACCAGUGGUACUAUUUU